GGAACAUGGAAAGUUAAAGCGAAAAUGACCAGAGAGGAAAUUUCAGCGCAUGCAGAUGUGUGCGCAUGCGGUACGCGAGUUUAGUCUCUGACGGUCUCUUUCCCUGGUUCACUCUCUCCCCGAGUCUCAAUGGAAACCUCAUGCAUGUCCGCUCUCCCAUCCCACUCUAAAAGAGAGAGAGGAAGGGAACACUGAGGAAAGUAUCGCAACAUCAGAAGAUCAGCAGAGGACUGCGGAGAGAGAACACAGACCAGCGGGCUUUGCCAUGCUAACCAAGAGGAAUGGGGCAUGUGUCGGCUGCGCUCUACCUAAUAAGGAUAGCUCGGAUCAGGUGGACAGUGUGGAUUGUACCUGCCCGAUAGGAGACUGUUCCUGGGAUUGUCUAGCAGGGGUAAAUGGAUGUUUAUCAGACACGUCCUGUCUUUGGUUCCAGCUCCUGGCCAGGGCAUACUGGGGGGAUGUGGAUUUGGGGCUUCGGGAAGCCCAAAAGGGUGUCUCCUGGCGUAGACGUAGGAAGUCAUCUCAGAGGAACUGUAUGCGGUCUUGGGCCAAGCAGAAAGAUGGAUAUGAGCGCAGUGAGACCUCCGCUCUGUCUCCGGCCGCUGAUGAGGAGCCCUUCUCAUGGCCGGGACCUAAAACACUGUGUCUACACCGCACAUCUCAAGGCUUUGGGUUUACUCUUCGCCAUUUCAUCGUAUACCCACCAGAGUCUGCCAUGCAGUCUUCUUAUAAGGAUGAAGACAAUAGCAGCAGAGGGAGACAGAGGAAUAGACUGGAGCCAAUGGAUACCAUUUUUGUCAAGCAGGUAAAAGAAGGAGGCCCCGCCCAUGGAGCUGGACUCUGCACAGGGGACCGCAUUGUAAAAGUCAACGGAGAAAGUAUCAUCGGAAAGACGUAUUCCCAAGUAAUCUCCCUGAUCCAAAACAGUGAUACAUCUCUUGAGCUCUGUGUAAUGCCAAAAGAUGAAGAUGUUUUACAGCUGAUCUCCAGGGAUAUCACAGCUCUGGCCUAUUCUCAAGAUGCUUACCUCAAAGGAAACAAAGCAUAUAGUGGAAAUGCCCAGAACAUCCCAGAGCCUCCCCCAAUAUGUUACCCACAAAUUGAGUCCAAUGCCUUGGCCCCGGCGCAGUUGCCAGAGCCUUUCCACGCAGCAGAUGCCUCAUAUGGAACAGGACAAGGAGCUAAUCGAUGCUCCAAGGCUGACUUAGGUUACAGUGUGGAUAUAACUGUACCUCCCCCUAACCCACCCAAAACCUCUCAGGACCCGAAGACCCAAACUGUUGUGCAUGUAUUUAACGAGAGUAUGAGGACAAUGGUUUUGUCACCCGAAUGCACAGAACGGACUUCACAUAUAACCUGGGCUUCUCCUAGCCACAGGACAGAGGAGAACCGGUACGUUGCUUCAACAGACUUAGACUUUACCGAGUCCAGAGCCCAAAUGACCUCAUCUCCAACUGGGACAACACAAUCUCAGCAAGUACAUAAUAAAACUACAGAGCCCAGUAGGUUCUCCAGCACAACCCAUAUGACUGCACAGACUUGCAUGGACAAUACUCCUGCAGCUUUCCACAAACAGACUCUGACUACAACAACAGAAACCAUCCCAUCAGCCACCUCUCCCACCCCAUACACACCGUCCCCUCCACCAAACACCCCUUCCCCCGGUUCCCCUCACCAAAACAUUGACUGGAGAAACUACACAACCUACAAGGAGUACAUUGACAACAAACGGCUUUAUAUGUAUGGUUGCCGGACCAUUCAGGAACGGUUAGACAGUCUGCGAGCCGCAACUCCAUCCAGUACAGGAGAUUACAACAAACAGAAAAGUGCUUCUACAACAGCUACUCCCUCACGAGGUUUUUCUGGAUCACAGCUCAGACGUAGGAGUGCCUCACAUGAUCGUAGUUAUCAGGGACCCAGCUUGCAGCCACUGCGUAGCACCUCUCAGGAGAGGCUUGGGGGUGUCGAAGGGGCUGCUCUAGCACGCAAUUGGUCUCGCAGUGCUUCCCAGGAUGCCAUUCCUUCAGCACCCACAGGUGUCUCUAAACCUAGAGCGUAUUCUUGCGACUUUUUGGGCAAACAGAAUGACAGUGAGUUGUCCAUGUCGGACAGGCUGACAUGCUGCCAAAAUGAGACGGAAGAGAAGUUGUUCAUGCGUAGAGGGGACGACGCAAGAGCCAGCAGACACGUACGCAUGGUGCCCCAGCCUGCCAGAGGGAUCCUCAGUCCAGAUAAGCGAGGGGGCAGCUACCCAGGGUUACCAGUUACCCCUCUUUUCAGUAGAGGUACAGAGUCAUCGCUCAGCUACAGAGCUGAAAGCCUUGGUAACACUGCUUAUCCUCUAAAUAGACCGACACUGCUGCCUGCGAAAAAUUAUGUUCCAGAUCCUUCCACUGCUGCUGCUUCUUACAUAGCCUCUGCCCUGGCCUCAAUACAAGGCCACAUUAGUAGCUCCAACUCUAUCACAGACCAAAGAACACCUCCCACUGCCAACCACCUGUCCCACAAUGCAAAGCAUUUAAUGCCCAGGGGGCGGGCUGACAGCCUUCAGGAGCCAUUUAGAGAGGUAGCUCGUGGAGGACGCUCUUCCUCCUGUUCUGCCGUCUCUAAACCACAUCGAACAAAUCAGGGUGGAGCCAAGCCCAUAUUGACAAGUAAUGGUACAGCUCCUCAGCCACCCAAGCUUAAAGUUUCACGACCCCAUGACAAGGACUUAAAGGGUAUUGAGGGUCCAGAUGCAACUGUAGUAGUGGUUCGUAGGGAAAAGUCUGGAUCUCAACCCAUUCGCCCCGCUUCCUACAUUCUAGCAGUUAACGAAACUGAGGGAGGGGCGGUUCCACCUGCCGACUCCAACAUAUGCUGGCUGACAAAUGACACACGGCCCAAAAUGCAAAUGAGGAAACUAGGUGACCAGUGCAAAGCCUCCUUCUCCAUCAACCUCGAAGACUCUUUGGACUCCAUCCCCUUCAUCGACGAGCCCUCAAUCUCCAGUAAUGACCACGACACCACACACAUUCCUGCAUCCGCCGUGAUUUCCAGUACGCCUGUAAUCACCACCAUCCCACCCAGUCCCACUUCCCCAUGCCGCAUAAUACGCCGCCAGUUUUCCCAUGACCACGAUUCUUUACGAGUCACAGUUCUGGAAUCAGACUCCAGUGCUAAAUCAGAGCGCUCCAAAUCUUUUGAUGAAGGCCUGGAUGACUAUAGAGAAGAGGAGAGAGGAAGGUCCAUUAAACACACCCAUGGAUUCAAGGGCCUUAGAAAGGCUAUUGAUAAAUCCUCUGAGGACUCAGGCUCUAGCUCCAGAAGAGACUCAACGUCAGAUGUCUUCGCUGAUGCAACAAAGGAGGGGCCGCUUCAUUUCCGACAGCUAAACUCCGAUAAGGGCAAGCGUGUUGGCAGUGGCGUGCGACCAUGGAAGAACAUCUACGCUGUGCUUCGUGGCCACUGCCUCUAUCUGUUCAAGGACAAGAAGGAUGGACAAAACUCCCUGACAGAGGAUGAGCCUCUUACAAUCAGCAUCAAAGCCUGUUUGAUUGACAUUUCUUACAGCGAUACAAAGCGCAAGAACGUCCUGCGGCUGACCACGUCAGACUGCGAGUACCUGUUCCAGGCCGAGGACCGCGAGGAGAUGCUGUCCUGGAUCCGAGUCAUUCAGGAGAACAGCAACUUGGAUGAAGAGAAUGCAACCGUUACUAGCACAGACCUCAUCAACCGAAAAAUAAAGGAGUACAACACGCUAAUGAGUCCUACCAGCAGUAGGACAGAUGUGUCUCCAAAAGCCUCCCGUCAGUCUCUGAGCUUCAGGCAGACACUUUUGGGCAGCAAGGGGGAGAAUAAAGCCACAAGCCCUCAUUCACCAAACAAGGACCAUGACAGAAAAGCAGUGCAUAAAGAUGAAACGAGUCCACCCAAGGAUAAGGGCAUGUGGAGGAAGGGCAUCCCUGGACUGAUGAGAAAGCCAUUUGAGAAGAAACCAUCUCCUGGAGUCACAUUCGGAGUAAGACUAGACGACUGUCCUCCAGCUCAAACCAACAGAUUUGUUCCUCUGAUAGUGGAAGUGUGCUGUAAGCUGGUAGAAGAACGUGGACUGGAAUACACGGGCAUUUACAGGGUCCCGGGAAAUAACUCGGCCAUCUCCAUAAUGCAGGAAGAGCUCAACAACAAGGGCAUGGGGGACAUUGAUAUUGAGGAUGAUAAAUGGAAGGACUUAAAUGUGAUCAGCAGUUUACUCAAAUCCUUCUUCAGGAAACUUCCCGAACCUCUCUUCACUAAUGAAAAGUAUGCUGAGUUUAUUGAUGGCAACAGAAUAGAGGAUCCUGUGGAGAGACUGAAAGUACUCAAGAGACUGCUCCACGAGUUGCCUGAUCAUCAUUACGAAACACUGAAGUUCCUCUCUGCACAUCUCAAGACAGUAGCUGAAAAUUCAGAAAAGAACAAGAUGGAGCCGAGGAAUCUGGCUAUUGUGUUUGGACCAACGCUGGUGAGGACAUCAGAAGACAACAUGACUCACAUGGUAACACAUAUGCCAGACCAGUACAAGAUCGUGGAAACCCUCAUUCAGCAUUAUGACUGGUUCUUCACUGAGGAAGGUGACCAGGAACCAACGACUACGGUCCAGGAGGAAAGCACUGUGGAGUCUCAACCCGUCCCCAACAUCGACCACCUGUUGACCAACAUUGGCCGGACCGGCACAUCUCCAGGGGAAGUUUCAGAUUCACCAACCAGUGACUCUGCUAAAUCCAAGGGUUCCUGGGGCUCAGGGAAGGAUCACUGCAGCCGCGAGUUCCUGCAGCCUCGAGUCUCCUCCAUCUUUGCUGCAGCCAACCACAGACGAAGGAAGCACAAGAUAAAGUUGCAGCCCAGCAGCUCUGAAGACGACCUUGAUACCAUCUUCACCAAGAAAGAUAGCGCAACUGAAAAGCAGAACCAACAAAACAAAGAAAAGGUUUCCAGCCCAGACCAGAAAUCACAGAAGAAGAAUGGCAUUGGUGCAGAGUCCACCCCAAAGAACAGGGAGCACAGAAACUCUUUCUUUAUGAAGACCUCACCCAAGCUCUCAUGUUCACCUGGUUUUAACCGGCAGACCUCUUGCCCUGCUAAAUCCUUCUUCUCUGAUCGUUCCUCACAAUUAGAUGAGACAACUUCAGACUUGGGCACUAUGAGUUCUGGAGCUUCUGUUCCCAGGACCAGACCUCGGAAAUGGUGCUCAGCGAUGUCAGCGUCCCCUGAUCUGUUACUGGUUCCUGGAGGGGCUUCAGUGACUGCAGAGGUGAGCUCUAUUACCUCAGACUACUCAACUACAUCCUCCAAUGCAUUUCUGACGGGACCGGAGUCCGUUGCUCUAAGCCCAGAGGUGCAGUCUGUGACAGAAAGCCGGGGAGGGGACGAAGCAGAUGAUGAGCGAAGUGAACUCAUUAGCGAGGGAAGGCCAAUGGAGACGGACAGCGAGAGCGAUUUCCCUGUGUUUAGUCUUGGCACCGCUGCCCGAGACAUACCAGCCACAAAAGACAAUGCCAACACCACUCCCAGUCUAGACAGCCGGCACUUGUUACAUUCUCAUAAGAUGAUAGAAUCCGACAGUUUAUCAAGGCGGCGGUCUGUCAGACAGAAGACUGACAGUGAUUCAUCGGUUGAGACCGGGGCAGCCAUUGGGGGUCAAGGGACGAAGAAUGAAUCAAACCGACUGUCUCGGGUUCUAGAGGUGAUGAGGAGAGGCCGAUCCACUGGUAGUCUCAGUGCCUCAUUCCGCAAUGAAUCAGACCGUGCCGAGCCAGCGUGGCACCUUAAAAUCACAGAGAGGCUCAAGUUACGUCUGCGCGGCUCUGCUGACGACAUGUUUGGGGUUGGCACACAGAAGAGCCGAUCCACAAAAAAGAAAAGGGGUAUCAGGCGGCGACAUACUAUGGGUGGUCAGCGUGAUUUUGCUGAACUUGAUGUCAUUCAUGACUGGAGGGAACAGGGUGGGGUGGACCAAGGUGCCGAACUGUCUGCCGUGGAGGGCCUUAAGUCCAAGUGCGACUCUCAGGACUUCUCUAUCAGGAACUGGAUUGCAUGCGAGCACCGUCGGGCGGGGGACUCCCAGAUCAGUGUGGAACCGGAAGGUCGAGUUGGAUCAGAUGAGGCAGAAGUGGUGGAGAACCAAAGAGGAAGCACAGAAGAGCUGACUUCUGCCUCUUCGUGUCCCCAGUCCGGCUCAGAGCAAGUGAACGGAGGUACGUUACAGGGCAAAACCAGAAACAACCCAAAUCCUGGAGCUGAUGCCCAUCCGCACAAACUUUCAGGAGCCCAAGUGGUGCGCUCACGUUUUUACCAGUAUCUUUGAAAGUAAAAGAUCAUCUGCAUGUGUAAGCGUGAAUGUAUGCAUCAAGUGAAUGAAUGAGCUGAGAGUUAUGGUUACUUCACCUUGUUUUCCACACCUCUUCACUUUUUUUUACAAAGCAUCUAUAAAUAUGAAAAUAUAUUAUAAAUAUAAAUUGUAUAUAUCUAUAUGUAUAGGCUUAUAUGAAACGUAACUGGAGUAAUUUUAAUAAUUUGGUGUUAUGUUUUUGGAGUACUGGAUCUGUAUUGAACAGUUCAUAAUAUGUAAUGAUAACAGUGAAGUGGUUUGGCAUUUCGAGGCUGUAAAAACCUCCGCUGCGACAGCACAAUUUUUCUGACUUGGACAGAAAGGCAUUUGUGAAACUGUUACUGAAGGAUACUAAUAUUAAAGAAGGAAUCUCUUCCAAGGUUAUGAUGACAGUAAAAACUCUUACUCAUAUGAAGAAUGUAAUAUGCUUGCUGUUAUAUUGACUAACACAUUAAUUGCUUGUCGCAGUUUUUAAAAGUGUAAAUAAUGUCUGUACUUGAAUGAUUAUUUUUAUUUGAAAUGUGAGCCCUAAUGGGGCUGUUUUCUGUGCUGUGCCCUGUGGAAAUUUCUUUUACAGUGCAUCUCAACAGCCAGACAUAAACGUGGAUGUUUUAUAUAUUUCUACAGGAUUGUGAAAGUAAGUGCUAAUAUGAAAGCACCAGAGCUCGAGCAUCUGUUACGGUACCAGGCUUGCCGGUACUGUGAUGUUAACCCUUUCAAUGCAAAUUACAAACUAACAGCAAAUAAGUUGAAAUUACUAUUCUGUUUUCACACAAAAAAGUGCCUCAUAACUGGUUCUGAUGACAGGAAAGGUGCCAUUUGUUCAAUGUGUCAUUUGUUCACGUGGAAUAUGUAUUGUGAAUGACUUGUUUUCAGAAAGGUAAAAAAAGAAAAAUAAAUUUUUAUACAAAAUGAUGCAAAAGCGGACACAGAGCUUCCACUACUUCAUCAGUCUCGUCUUAAGUCAUUUUAUGCUCGUUUUAUCAAGGUAAUAACUCACAUUUGUGUUGUGUUUUUGUGUGUCACCUUCUGUCAACACAAGAAAAAAUCUAUACCUUUUCAGAGUUGACCGGUGAAGUAGCCAGCAUGAGAAGUGGUUCCUCAGAAGAGUACAGUAUGCAUGACAUCCACAUUACGGCUGUAUGCACAUAUGUGUUACUCCCAACUGAAAGAGAAAAACACUGGAAAUAAAUGAUCUUCUUUUUCAGUCUCUUUUAUUGUCAUUGAACAAAAGUCUAAUAAUAAAUGUUCGCUGAGAUAAAGCAAAUUAAAUCUGGCUGGUCUUGCGACCACAUCGGCCCCAUGUAGAAUGAUCGAUGUUGAAUUAAACAACUUUUAUCAGGCUACUUAUUUGAGUCUUAGCUCAUGUACUUUUUAAUCAAAAGUGCUAUAUUUGCUUCUUUACUGUACAUGUAAAACUCAUUAAAGAGUUCAUUAAAUAAUUUGAAUUAAGAGUGCUCAUGUUGUUCAUAAUCUAAACAGUAGAGGGCAUUGUGCCAUAAAUCAUGGUUACAUUUAGUAAUAGUCACAGUUUGUACAUUUAAAGUCGCCAUGA